GUAUUCCAAUUCCAAUUGUCAAGAAUUCAGAUAGCUAGUGACGUCAUCAAUGUCAUCUGGAUUGCCUUCGAUUGCUGCUACCGCACAACCGAGUGCCAACGGAUUCAGCUUUAACAACGGAUUCCCACCAUUCGGUAUUUACUACUCUCAACUUCCCCCUGUUAACUCUAACGGAUCCACCCCGAAUUCAAGUAACCGAUUCAAAGUGAAACGCCAUCGACAGAGAGUUGACGCCGGUGAACCAAGAAACACAUAUCAGGGAGCCUCUACAUCAGUCUCUUCAAAUAGUUCUUCAUCAUCGUCUACAUCAAAUACAAAUUCAACACCUUCUUCAUCUUCAACAUCUUCAAAGAAGUCAACGGAAGGGAUGACUGAGACGGAAACGAUGACAGCUUCAAUUGAACAGGAAAAAGUGAUUCAAAAUGAAGAAUCGGAAGCUGGUAAAGAUGGAAUGGAAGAGCAUGAUGAUGGAAUGAAUGAUUUCGAAAUUAUUGAUGAUACAAAUGAUGAAGUUGAAGAAUCAGAAGAACGGGAGAGCCCUGAAAGUAACAGUAGCUCUGCUUCAAAAAGGAAAAGCUUUCAACCACAGAAAAUUGGAGAGGAGUUAGGAAUUGAAUUUGGAGAUGAAACGGAGCAAAUUAAUGUUACUGUUGGAGGUACAGAAGAAGCCGAAGAGACUACAGAUGAAGCUGAAGGUAGAGAACUCUCGGCUCUUCAAGCUCAGCUUCAAAAUGGACAUAUCGCUGAGCAGCAGAGACGAUUUUAUGCUGCAUUUUUAGAUCAGCAACGGAAACAGGUUGCAGCGGCACAGAUUUUGCACAAUGGAAAGAUCAACAUCGAACGUCUUGUCUCCUCGGUUAAAGGAGAUUUAGUUACCAAUUUCAUGAAAGAUUUGGAAAAGGUGAUCCGUGAUUGGGCUGCCGAUGAAGUAUUAAAGCAAGAAGCUGCUGCUCCUCCUCAGAUUCCACAACCUCCACCUCAAUUCCAUCCAAUUUUCCCUGCAAACCCAUUGUUCCACAUGGCGCCUCCACAUCAUCCAGUUGCUGGAGGUGGAAUUUUUCCUCCAAACUUCAAUGCAUUUAACGCAUUCAACGCUCUCCGAAGAAAUCUUCAAGACGUAGAUACCUCGUCGGAAAUGAAAAAGAAGCGAACAAAGGUGGAAAUCAAGAAAGAAGACGCAAUGAGUAGCCGUGCAUCACCAUUGAGUGCAUCUGCCAGCCCACCACUCUCCAGAUUCUUUCCAGCACCAACUAUGGUUGGACACUACGGUGGAAUGAACUUUGGAGAUCGAGAGGACUCACCAACAAAUUCCGAUGAGCUCAGUGAAUGUGGAUAUGAAGGUGGUGGCUCAAGUUCAAUGUUAACACCAAUGCACUUGAGAAAGGCAAAGCUGAUGUUUUUCUACACACGAUAUCCAAAUUCAAAUCUGCUGAAAUCGUAUUUCCCUGAUAUCCGAUUCAAUAAGAAUAACACUGCACAAUUGGUGAAAUGGUUCAGUAACUUCAGAGAGUUCUACUACAAUCAGAUGGAGAAGUUCGCGAGACAAGCUCUCGCUGAGGGAAUUACUGAUAGAAAUGAUAUUUUUGUGUCAAAAGACAGUGAACUUUUCAAAGUUUUGAAUACACAUUAUAACAGAAAUAAUCAUAUUAAGGCACCAGAUCGUCUUGUAUUUGUGGUUCAAGAGACUCUUCGUGAGUUUCAUGAUGCAAUCAAACAGGGAAAAGAUAUUGAACCAUCAUGGAAGAAAACAAUCUAUAAGGUUAUCAAUCGAUUGGAAGAUCAGAUUCCCGACUUCUUCAAGGAGCCAAACUUCCUCGAGCGUCUUGAAACAUAAUCACCAUAUAUUCCCUCUCAUUAUCAGUUUCUCAAUAUUUCAGUUUUCCUUGUUUAUGUGUUCCAUUGUGAUUUUAAAACUUUAUUGCCCAUGUUUUCCCUCAUCCCAUUCGAAUAUCAAUUACCCCAUCCAAUUUAACUCUCAUUCCUUGACAACUUUCAUUCUAAGUCCCCAUUUCAAAAUGUGCAAUUUAAUAUUUAUUUGAGCUCUCUGGAGCUCGUCUUCCUCAUUUUCUUUGUCAAACGCUUUUUGUGUUAUUGGUUUCAAUUGAACAUUCAAAAAUUCCCAAUUUUGCCACAUGGCAUAAUCCUCCAAUUCUAUUAUGGUUUCCAUUUUCCCCAAAACUUUCUGUGCCUCCGAUUUCUAUAUUUUCAUUCGAUGUUUCUUAUUGUAAUAUUGGUAUGGAAAAUAUGGAACAUUCAAUAUCACUUGCGGUCC